UCAGUGUUGUAAAACCCGCCUAGGCGCCCCUAAGCCAAGGCAAUUUCAGCCCUAGGCGGCUUUUAGUCGGCCGGCCGACUAAUUCUCCGACUAGGCGCCGAGUUGGGCACCUAACUCGGCCAAGUGGUUUUUUUUGCCUGCUCAGCUACUCCUCUUUUAUAUUCUUCCAAACAUGUACUCAACUAACCAUCUAACAUAUGUAGUUGACUAGUUUGGAGAUUAUAACAGUAACAACUUACAGUCCUAAGUGGAAAAAGUGGAGACGAUAUACUCAGAUUACUCUGCCGCCUAGGUGCUCUAGCGCCCGACUAGUACCUAGCGCCUUCUGCAACAUUGAUCCUACUUCACAUAUGCUAAAAUAUGAAGCUUGACAUUUUUUCCUAUUUGAUUAUGCUGGCUUACCCUCUUACCCAGCUUGUGAAUGUUGCUUUGCUUUGCUAUCUGAUUGCACUUCACCAGUCUGUUUGUCAUAAACCGAUGAUAUCCAUUUGUACCAUGUACCAGUAUUAUAGGUCCGGACUAAAUGAUUCCUUGUUUUGGGCAGUCUUCAACAACAACCAAUAAUCAUUUGAGGCCUUCGGCUUUAGAUGGGUAUUCUGUGGAGAACACCCCGCAAUCUGGUGUGCAAAUCUCUCCUACUGUCAACCUCAGACGAGCUUAUACUCUUGCUGUUCAGACCCCCUCCUUUGGUGAGAUAUGGACCAAGAUUCACCAAGAAAUCCCUUCUGAACAGAAUGUGGACGUAUCGGAAGUUGAUGUCAUUGAGGAACCUCUGCAAUUAGAGGAAGUACUUAAACCAAGCCGGGAAGAUGUAGAAGAAGCACUUUCUGAUAUUAUUAUAGAGGACACUUUCACCAAACAAGUUGUUAACUUCUUUAACCACAGUGAGGAGACUGCCCGGAAAUGUCUGCUUCUCUCUGAAAGUGUGCACCGUGCUCGCCACUUGUAUGCCCCGCUUCACAAACUUGUUGAUAUCCUUCCAUUAGAGCGUGAGACCGUUGCAGAUUCCCUUUCUCAAGAUCAGUGCGAUUUGGCUUUCAAAGUCUUUCUUCAAUUUGACAAACUUGACAAUCCGUUCCCUGGCAUAGACUCCGACAGCAGCUUCAAUGAUAUGCAUGCUUGCUACUUCCGGCUGAAGGAGCAACUUGACCUCCGUAUAGAACAUUCCGGCUCAAAGGUCCACCUCCGUCAUGCCACCAAAGUUUCCGCCAUAUGUUUGCUCGUAGCUGCUGUCGGAGUGGUCACAUGUGCUAUUCUCAUAGCUACUCCCGCUCUCAUUGUUCUGGUUGCUACCCCGGCAGCAUGCCCUCCUUGCCUUCCUUUGAAGAUAACGAAGAAGGAAUCAGCUCAUCUCGGGCAGCUUGAUGAUGCCUCAAGGGAAACUUUUGUCCUCGACAAUCACCUCGAAACCCUUGAUUGCCUGGUUGAUCCUUUACGUAAUUCGGUAGAGGGGUUUAAGCGUGAGGUUCGGUUUGUGCUUGAGAGAAGCAAGGACAGUUUUAUCAUCCAGGAUGUAUUGAAGCAACUGCGAAGAAAGAAUCACAAAUUCCUUGACCAGCUGACUCGUCUUGAGGAGCACUUGUGCCUCUGUUUUGCUGCAAUAAAUCGGGCUAGAUCUAUCCUCCUUAAUUAUUUACUAAUUCAUCAACUUCAAUUUUCAUAGCUGCUUAUUGAUCACUUCAAAGUUCCACAAAAGUUAUCUUCCAUCUUAACAUAUGCUUAGCACCUUCUUCCUUUGUUAUUGUAACUGUUAGUUUAGAUUCUCAAAUAUUGCAGUUUCAC